UUUUUACAAAUAAGGACAUCAGUGAUGUACAAAGAGGUUAAAUGAUUUGUCUUCAGCUGUACAGUAAAUCAGGGCCUCCCUUAGCCAAAAAAGCCAGGCCUGAGUACUGUUUUGCUUAUAAACAAAUAUUAAUAAAGAGGAAUCUAUUUUAUCAGUUCUUAUUAUAGAACAUUUAAUAUAAGAUGGACCAAAUUAUAUCUUUUGGUGUUUCCAUAUAUUAAUACCUAUCUGUGCUCAUCCAUAUAUGUCUACACACUAGGUUCUAUAAAAGUGGGCAGUGUUAAUACUGUUCCUAUUAGGACUUUUAGUCCAAAGAAUUAAUUUAAUUUGGAUUUGUGCAAAUUAUUAUAAAGUCAUUUACAAUAAAACCAUGGCUAACUAUGACAAGAGCAUAUUAACCUUUUGAAUAGGGGAGGAGUUUUCUGGUUAGAUUAGGUUUUUGCCCAUUAAGCACCAAAAUAUGCCAUUUAGGUUGGGAAUCUUCCUAAAGUAUAUUAUUUCUUGUGUUCUUAAAUAGAAUGUGCUGAAUGUGAUGUAAACUUUCCUCAAUGAUCUCAAGUGACCAUUUAAAUAUAAUUUGUUAUGUUGUGAUGUGAACAGUAAUGUUAGGCUUAUUGAGGCAUAUACAGCUAUUUGCUUUGGGGGUUUUUGCAUCUUUCCAGUUUGUAAAGUUUUCUGUCCUAUUGUUUCCUUGGGUCAGCUGUUAGCACUUCUAACUGCUGUCAGUUUUCCUGCCCAAAGUUUCUACAUUUUUCCCUAGUAUGGGUUUAGGAGCUAAUUGUUAGAACUGAUCAGAAAAGUAGUCCGUAGAUGAUAAUAAGAGCCUAAAUAAGUGUCUUGUGAGUAAGUUGUUUAUGCUGCAUCAGCCUCUAAGGGGUUUUGUAGAGCACAGUGUGGGUAGGAAAGGCCAAGGGCACCGGAGUUCUGAGUUGCUGGGAAAAGCCAGAGAGUCUCUUUUAUUCCCGAUCCUUCUCUCAGGGCCCAGUGAUAGGCUGGUGACUGGGAAUAAUGUAGGAAGGAGAGAUCUCGGGUAAGGACACAUCCCACAGGGUGGCUCUGUGGUGAGGCCUUUGCCCCACUGGCAGCACACAGCAAUGACCAGAUCACUAACCCACAGCAGUGCUAAGUGAGGGUUGUGGCCUAGUGAAAGGCAGCUGGGCUAUGGAGUCAGAUGGAUUCAAAUCCUGGCCUCCUUAUUAAUUACUGCUUGUGGCUUCAGGCAGGUGAUUUCACCUGACACAAAGUUUGCUGCCUCCUCAAAGUGACUCCUGCCUUCUUCUUUGCUGCUAGAAUGUGUCUUUGACUUAAGAGGCUGCACAAAACUGAUAAUGUGCUCUAAUCUGGGCCAGUGGGACUAGAGGAGCUGCCAUGGGACUUUUGGAGUAGACUGCACACACUUAGACAGUUGGGUACAUUUUGAUGUAUGUGUUACAGCCCUCACCCAAAGCUCUGUGCUUCUCAGAGGACUCCGAGUCUUUGUUUGCCUCAUUCCUCAGGGUUCAUGGUCUUAGCUGGGGAUCUUGUCUUAUUCAUUGCUGUAUCCACAGCUCCUAACAUAGGCCUUGGAGCACAGUAAAUCCUGAAUGAGUAUUUAUGAGUGAAUGUGGGAAUUUGGUUGAGUUUAGAUCUCAUGUUCUUAGUGUAUUUCUGGGGGGAUAGAAGAGGGUCUCUCUGCCCUUCAUUUUCUUCUGUGAUAGGAAGUGGCCCUGCAUCCCUCUAGCCUUGGGAUUCUCCCAGAAUAGGGAGGGAGAGGGGAUGCUGAACAGCCAUAGCACCUGGUUCACGAUGGACCAUCUGACUCCCGUCUUGCCUGCCUCACCCAUCCCCAGAACAUAGGCAGAGCAGUGUUUCUGAAAUGCACUUGCUUGAGUCCUUGGCGACAUCUCGUUUCCCUUCGGGUGAAGCGUAGACAUUUUAGCAUGGUUUGCCAGGCCUUUCAUUCAUCCGGCCCCAACUCCUCCAGCAGUAUCUCAUCUCUUCAUCCUCCCUGAAAAUAGGUUCUAGACAUACUGAAGAUCCUUUCCUGGAGUUCAGUUAUGGGUGUGAGAGGUUUGCAAGGAUUUGUGGGAAGUACCUGCCCACAUAUAUGUACAGUAGUAAAUUUCAAAGAACUGGCAGAGCACCACCGAAGCAAGUAUCCUGGAUGUACCCCUACCAUUGUGGUUGAUGCCAUGUGUUGUCUCAGAUAUUGGUAUACUCCAGAAUCUUGGAUCUGCGGUGGCCAGUGGCGAGAAUACUUUUCUGCUUUGCGAGAUUUUGUUAAAACUUUUACGGCAGCUGGGAUCAAGUUGAUAUUCUUCUUUGAUGGCAUGGUGGAGCAGGAUAAGAGAGAUGAAUGGGUGAAACGAAGGCUCAAGAACAACAGGGAGAUAUCCAGGAUUUUUCAUUACAUCAAGUCACACAAGGAGCAGCCAGGCAGAAAUAUGUUCUUCAUCCCCUCAGGGCUAGCUGUGUUUACACGAUUUGCUCUAAAGACACUGGGCCAGGAAACUUUGUGUUCCUUACAGGAAGCAGAUUAUGAGGUAGCUUCCUAUGGCCUCCAGCAUAACUGUCUUGGGAUUCUGGGGGAAGACACUGAUUACCUAAUCUAUGACACUUGUCCCUACUUUUCAAUUAGCGAGCUCUGCCUAGAGAGCCUGGACACCGUCAUGCUCUGCAGAGAGAAGCUCUGUGAGAGUCUGGGCCUCCGUGUGGCCGACCUUCCUCUUCUGGCCUGCCUCCUUGGCAAUGACAUAAUCCCAGAGGGCAUGUUUGAAAGCUUUAGGUAUAAAUGCUUAUCAUCCUACACCUCUGUAAAAGAGAACUUUGACAAAAAAGGUAACAUCAUAUUAGCUGUGUCAGACCAUAUAUCGAAAGUUCUUCACUUGUAUCAAGGUGAGAAAAAAUUAGAAGAGAUAUUACCUCUGGGACCAAACAAAGCUCUUUUUUAUAAAGGAAUGUCAUCAUAUCUUUUACCAGGACAAAAAUCUCCAUGGUUUUUCCAAAAACCCAAAGGUGUAAUAACUUUGGACAAGCAAGUAACAUCCUUGAGUUCAGACGCUAAAUCCAGGGAAGAAGUUCCCAUGUGUUCAGACCCUGAAUCCGGGCAAGAAGUUCCCAUGUGUACAGGCCCUGAAUCCAGGCAAGAAGUUCCCAUGUGUACAGGCCCUGAAUCCAGGCAAGAAGUUCCCAUGUGUACAGGACCUGAAUCCAGGCAAGAAGUUCCCAUGUGUACAGGCCCUGAAUCCAGGCAAGAAGUUCCCAUGUAUACAGACUCUGAACCCAGGCAAGAAGUUCCCAUGUGUACAGGCCCUGAAUCCAGGCAAGAAGUUUUAAUAUGGACAGACCCUGAAUCUAGGCAAGAAAUUAUGUGUGCAGGCCAUGAAUCCAAACAGGAAGUUCCCAUAUGUACAGAUCCUAUAUCCAAGCAAGAAGACUCCAUGUGUACACACCCUGAAAUCAAUCAAAAAUUACCUGUAGCAACAGAUUUUGAAUUUAAGCUAGAAGCUCUCAUGUGCACAAACCCUGAAAUUAAACAAGAAGACCCCACAAGUGUGGGGCCUGAAGUAAAGCAACAAGUAACCAUGGUUUCAGACACUGAAAUCUUAAAGGUUGCUAGAACACAUCACGUCCAAGCAGAAAGCUACCUGGUGUACAACAUCAUGAGCAGUGGAGAGAUUGAAUGCAGCAACACCCUAGAAGAUGAGCUUGACCAGGCCUUACCCAGCCAGGCCUUCAUUUACCGUCCCAUUCGACAGCGGGUCUACUCACUCUUACUGGAGGACUGUCAAGAUGUCGCCAGCACCUGCCCGGCUGUCAAGGAGUGGUUUGUGUAUCCUGGGAACCCACUGAGGCACCCGGACCUCGUCAGGCCACUGCAGAUGACCAUUCCAGGGGGAACGCCUAGUUUGAAAAUAUUAUGGCUGAACCAAGAGCCAGAAAUACAGGUUCGGCGCUUGGACACACUCCUAGCCUGUUUCAAUCUUUCCUCCUCAAGAGAAGAGCUGCAGGCUGUCGAAAGCCCGUUUCAAGCUUUGUGCUGCCUCUUGAUCUACCUCUUUGUCCAGCCUGAUUACAUCAACCCCAGAGCCGUGCAGCUGGGCUCCCUUCUCGUCCGCGGCCUCACCACUCUGGUUUUAGUCAACAGCGCGUGUGGCUUCCCCUGGAAGACGAGUGAUUUCAUGCCCUGGAAUGUAUUUGAUGGGAAGCUUUUUCAUCAGAAGUACUUGCAAUCUGAAAAGGGUUAUGCUGUGGAGGUUCUUUUAGAACAAAAUAGAUCUCGGCUCACCAAAUUCCACAACCUGAAGGCAGUCGUCUGCAAGGCCUGCAUGAAGGAGAACAGACGCAUCACCGGCCGAGCCCACUGGGGCUCACACCACGCAGGGAGGUGGGGAAGACAGGGCUCCAGCUACCACAGGACGGGCUCUGGGUAUAGCCGUUCCAGUCAGGGACAGCCGUGGAGAGACCAGGGACCAGGAAGCAGACAGUAUGAGCACGACCAGUGGAGAAGGUACUAGUCAUCCUCCAGGUAAGUUCAUCACCUGCAUCUCCAGAAGAAAUCAGUCACAUGUCUGUCUUUAUAACAUAAAUCUUCCAUAUCAAGUACCAAAGUAAACAGAACUCAGAUAUUGAAUCCUGCUGACCUGGUGCCGAGUUAACUUGGUUUCAAGACGCACUUGCUUCCUCCAGAAAGAGUGUGGAGAGAAAAAGAGGCACACCUGGACACAGAGCCCUGCCAGCGCCCUCCUCUGCUGUCGCAGCUGCAAGGAGACCGUGCCUGUGGGAGCCAGGCCUCACUUGCAUGAAGAAGGAAAGAUGCCUUUUUCAGUGGUGUCUCCCUCCCAUUGUGCAGAAGAGCUUUUGUUGGCUUCUCUCCCGAGCUUGUGCCUGAUUCUGUGGCCCAAAACAAUCAUUGUUAACAUCUUCAUGUGUUUCAUUCUGAUCUGUCAUUCAUGUAUAUGAUGCCUAGCUCAUUUCAUUUUAAAAUAAAUGGGAAUCUGUUGUA